AGUCGCUUCGUGCAUUUCCGAAAACAGAGCCGAAGCCCGGUCCUCGGGGUCGCGGAGGCGCGCGCGCCCCCGGGGGUUGCCUUCUUCGGCGUUUCCGGAAUCCGCCCGUAGUCGGUGGCCGGGAGCAGGAGGCCGGCCGCCCUCCCGUCCCAGGCCGAUUCGGAUGUUUCCGGCUGCCGCCGGCGGAAAGAGCCGAGGGCCGGCGGUGGCGGCGGCCAUGUUGGGAGCAGCAGGUCCGGCGGCGGCUGCCUGUGUGCCGGGCGCGGAGCAGUGCCGCUGAGGGCAGGGGAGGAGCGAGGCGGGCGGCCGGCUGCGGCGGCUGAGAGUAGGCGGAGCGGCGCGGCCCGGCCGAAAGGCGGCACAGCCCAGCCGGGGGUCGGGGGGGUGCGGCCCGGAGCCGCUCGGAGCCGGCGCGGCCUAGCCCGAGCGGCGCAUCCCCGGGCUGGCGUGAACCGCUGCCCGGCCUCCCCGCACCCCCGGCCGGGGCCCAUGCGGCGGGUGCCUCUGCUGUGAGAAGCCCCGCCCGGCCGGGCUCCGCGCCUUCCCUUCCCUCCCUUCAAGCUUCUCGGUUCCCUCCCCUGAGGUACCGGCGCCAUGUCCAGCGCCCGGACCCCCCUGCCCACGCUGAACGAGAGGGACACGGAGCAGCCCACCUUGGGACACCUCGACUCCAAGCCCAGCAGUAAGUCCAACAUGCUGCGGGGCCGCAACUCAGCCACCUCUGCUGACGAGCAGCCCCACAUUGGCAACUAUCGGCUCCUCAAGACCAUCGGCAAGGGCAACUUCGCCAAAGUGAAGCUGGCGCGGCACAUCCUGACGGGGAAGGAGGUCGCUGUGAAGAUCAUUGACAAGACUCAGCUGAACUCCUCCAGCCUCCAGAAACUGUUCCGGGAAGUGAGGAUAAUGAAGGUUUUGAAUCACCCCAACAUAGUUAAGUUGUUUGAAGUGAUUGAGACGGAAAAAACUCUCUACCUGGUCAUGGAGUAUGCCAGUGGAGGGGAGGUGUUUGAUUACCUCGUGGCUCACGGCAGGAUGAAAGAAAAAGAGGCUCGCGCCAAAUUCCGCCAGAUAGUGUCUGCUGUGCAGUACUGCCACCAGAAGUUUAUUGUUCACAGAGACUUAAAGGCAGAAAACCUGCUCCUGGAUGCCGACAUGAACAUCAAGAUCGCAGACUUUGGGUUCAGCAACGAGUUCACCUUUGGGAACAAGCUGGACACGUUCUGCGGGAGCCCCCCGUACGCGGCCCCAGAGCUCUUCCAGGGCAAGAAGUACGACGGGCCCGAGGUGGACGUGUGGAGCCUGGGCGUCAUCCUGUACACGCUGGUCAGCGGGUCCCUGCCGUUCGAUGGACAGAACCUCAAGGAACUGCGGGAGCGGGUACUGAGGGGGAAAUACCGUAUUCCGUUCUACAUGUCCACAGACUGUGAAAACCUGCUUAAGAAAUUCCUCAUUCUCAAUCCCAGCAAGAGAGGCACUUUAGAGCAAAUCAUGAAAGAUCGGUGGAUGAAUGUGGGUCACGAAGAUGACGAAUUAAAGCCUUACGUGGAGCCGCUCCCUGACUACAAGGACCCCCGGCGGACAGAGCUGAUGGUGUCCAUGGGUUACACCCGAGAGGAGAUCCAGGACUCGCUGGUGGGCCAGCGGUACAACGAGGUGAUGGCCACCUACCUGCUCCUCGGCCACAAGAGCUCGGAGCAGGAAGGUGAUGCCAUCACCUUGAAGCCCAGGCCUUCAGCGGAUAUGACCAACAGCAGUGCUCCUUCCCCCUCCCACAAGGUACAGCGGAGCGUCUCGGCCAACCCCAAGCAGCGGCGCUUCAGCGACCAGGCAGCUGGUCCUGCCAUUCCCACCUCAAACUCCUACUCUAAGAAGACUCAGAGUAACAACGCGGAAAACAAGCGGCCUGAGGAGGACCGGGAGUCCGGGCGGAAGGCCAGCAGCACAGCCAAAGUGCCUGCCAGCCCCCUGCCCGGCCUCGAGAGGAAGAAGACCACCCCCACCCCCUCCACGAAUAGCAUCCUCUCCACCAGCACAAACCGAAGCAGGAAUUCCCCGCUUUUGGAGCGGGCCAGCCUCGGCCAGGCCUCCAUCCAGAACGGCAAGGACAGCCUAACCAUGCCAGGGUCCCGGGCCUCCACGGCUUCUGCUUCUGCCGCAGUGUCCGCGGCCCGACCCCGCCAGCACCAGAAAUCCAUGUCGGCCUCCGUGCACCCCAACAAGGCCACUGGGCUGCCCCCCACGGACAGUAACUGUGAGGUGCCGCGGCCCAGCACAGCCCCUCAGCGUGUCCCCGUCACCUCCCCCUCCGCCCACAACAUCAGCAGCAGCGGAGGAGCCCCCGACCGAACUAACUUCCCCCGGGGAGUGUCCAGCAGGAGCACCUUCCACGCUGGGCAGCUCCGGCAAGUGCGGGACCAGCAGAAUCUGCCCUACGGUGUAACGCCAGCCUCUCCCUCUGGCAACAGCCAAGGACGGCGGGGGGCUUCGGGGAGCAUUUUCAGCAAAUUCACCUCCAAGUUUGUACGAAGAAAUCUGUCUUUCAGGUUUGCCAGAAGCUCCAGGCACCCCUCUUCCAGCCAGGAGCUGGAGAAGCCGCUCAGCGGGGCCAGACCUCUCCCCACCCCAAGGAACCUGAACGAACCUGAAAGCAAAGACCGAGUGGAGACUCUGAGACCUCACGUGGUGGGCGGUGGCGGCAGCGACAAGGAGAAGGAGGAGUCCCGGGAGGCCAAGCCGCGCUCGCUGCGCUUCACGUGGAGCAUGAAGACCACGAGCUCCAUGGAGCCCAACGAGAUGAUGCGGGAGAUCCGCAAGGUGCUGGACGCCAACAGCUGCCAGAACGAGCUGCACGAGAAGUACAUGCUGCUGUGCAUGCACGGCACGCCCGGCCACGAGGACUUUGUGCAGUGGGAGAUGGAGGUGUGCAAACUGCCGCGGCUCUCCCUCAACGGGGUGCGCUUUAAGCGGAUAUCCGGCACCUCCAUGGCCUUCAAAAACAUCGCCUCCAAAAUAGCCAACGAGCUGAAGCUUUAACAGGCUGCCAGGAGCGGGGGCCACGGAGGCGGGCGCUGGACUUAGCUGCUGCCCGCGCUCCGGCCCCCGGGCGAGGCUGCAGACGGACGGCGUGUCUCCCCUGCUGGCACUUCUCCCUCCGCCCGCUCCGUUUUCCUCCAUGUGCGCGGGGAUGGGAGGUGGUCUUUCCCCACAUUGACCCCUGCCCAGAUGCUGCCCUUCCCCUCUCCCACAGGAGGUCAAGGAAGGGAGGAGGGCAGGGCAGGGCUCCCCCUCGGUACUGCGGUUGCACAGAGUAUUUCGCCUAAACCAAGAACUUUUUUAUUACCAAAAAGAAAAAAGAAAAAAAAAAUCCCAGCGGCCACUUUUCCUCCCUGCCCCAUCGGGACAGCUGAGACUGGAUCUGUGGGGUUUCCUGGGAGGGUGGCUCAGGGCUGGAACACUCUCAGGCAAGAGUGGUGGAGCUCCCGGUCAGGCCCUCCGCCAGGCCCGCUUUGGGCUUCUCCCUCUCCCCUCCCCUCCAAGCAAACCACCAGAGGUGGCCUUCCCCGACCUCGGGCCCCUGGGCCGGAGCCUGGGGGCUAGGGGCUGGGGUGGGGGUGCUGUGCGGCCCUGAGGUGGGUGGGCUGGCAGCGAGAUGUGGGGCUCUGGCCUCCCCCCACACUAUCCUCUGCCCCCUCCCCCAGAGCUGGGCAUUUCCUUCCACAAGCUGCUGUGGGGACUUCUGUCCCCCCCUCGAGUCUGUGCCAUCUUGUCCCACCCCCUCCCGGGCACGCAGGCGGGGCUGACCCCAGGGCUGGGAGAGGGGAGGGGGCUGCGGGCAGAUGGGCUCCCGGCCCCAGGGGGCCGCCGGGCUGGGCGUUCUCCGCGGUGGGAGAGCCUUUUGUCUGAAAGCUCAAAGCGAAGCCCGCUCACUCGCCGCUCCUCCUCUCCCACCGCUCCGUUCAUUGGCAUUAAUCUGGGCACCAGCUAGCUCCAUAGCAGUGACUUCCCUCACCACUCAUCUCUGGCCUUGCCUUUCUUCCUGACACUGUCACCCUUCCACUCAGGAGACACUGCCCGGAGCCUCCAGGCCGCCGCCGGGCCAGAUGGGGCAGCAGGGCCGGGCCCCGCCCUCCACGGGGCAGGGGACAGGCCAGGCCACUCCCAGCUCGCCAGCCUGCGGCCAGGGUGGGAGUGGCUGGUGGCGGCCGCUGCAUCCCUUAAUUUAUUUCUCUGCUGUUUCUGUUGUUGAGAAAUUGGGGGAAGGGGUCCAGCAGAGAGGCUGCCCCCACCCUCACCUGAGUUGUACAUUUUUUGUGAUGGGUUUUAUUUUUUAUUUUAUUAUUUUAUUUUUUUGAUUUAUGAUGACUCCACCCCUCAUCACCCCACUCCCAGGCCACGUUCCUUGGCGAUUAAAGCCCUUGGGUCCCAGGAAGGGGCCUUGCCAACCUCAGUCCUCCUGCCCCCAAGCCCAGCUUCGGGCUCGGCUCCGGCCAAGGGCUCCCUCCUCCCCUUCCUCCCUCCUGCCCUGUGGAACAGCCCUGGUGCUCCGAGGGGCUGGGAGGGCAUGGCUUGGCUCCCAAGGGGGUGGUGGUGGCCAGGGGCUCCCAGGCAAGGCGGCCCUCCCCACCCAGCCCCCCACUCCUGCACUUAGUUUCUCCUCUGGAUCAAACACGUAAUAAAGAGAAUGUUUGGAAUCUGA